GGCAAAAAGGCAAAGGAGGGCUACUUUUCCUACCCCUCACACCCUUUGCCUCACAGUCAAACAGCGAGCGGGUUUCCUGGAGUGAGAGUUUCUCUUUUCCUGUGACCUGGCAGCCCAGAGCCGGGCUCUGCCACUGAUCUUCCACACUUAAGCAAACCACACCAGUGAGUGGCGAAUAUCAACUCGUGCUUGAAAAAUACCAACUUGGAGCCCGAUUUGAGAAGCUACAUCAGAGUCUCGAGAUGCGACGCUACAAUCUGCAUUUUUCACUAGCUUCCCAGGUUGGGACAGUUGGAACUCUGCCAUUGUCCAGCAUGCUGCAGCCCCGUCUGUCACCCACCUUGUCGAUGGGAUUUCAUGUGUUAGCCAUGGUGGCUCUCUUGUUCUCCCAUGUGGACCAUAUAAGUGCUGAGACAGAAAUGGAAGGCGAAGGCAAUGAGACGGGCGAGUGUACUGGCUCCUACUACUGUAAGAAGGGGGUGAUUUUACCCAUUUGGGAGCCCCAGGACCCUUCCUUUGGGGACAAAAUUGCUAGAGCGACUGUGUAUUUUGUGGCCAUGGUCUACAUGUUUCUUGGAGUCUCCAUCAUUGCUGACCGGUUCAUGUCCUCUAUAGAAGUCAUCACGUCUCAAGAGAAAGAAAUCACCAUAAAGAAACCCAAUGGAGAGACCACCAAGACAACUGUGAGGAUCUGGAAUGAGACAGUGUCCAACCUGACCUUGAUGGCCCUAGGAUCUUCAGCUCCAGAGAUUCUCCUUUCAGUAAUUGAGGUGUGUGGCCAUAACUUCACUGCAGGAGACCUUGGUCCUAGCACCAUUGUGGGGAGUGCCGCAUUCAACAUGUUCAUCAUCAUUGCGCUUUGUGUUUACGUCGUCCCGGAUGGGGAGACGAGGAAGAUCAAGCAUUUGCGUGUAUUCUUUGUGACAGCAGCAUGGAGCAUCUUUGCCUAUACCUGGCUUUACAUCAUCUUGUCUGUCAGCUCCCCUGGGGUCGUGGAGGUCUGGGAAGGUUUGCUCACUUUCUUCUUCUUCCCCAUCUGUGUUGUGUUUGCUUGGGUGGCAGACAGGAGGCUUCUGUUUUACAAGUAUGUCUACAAGAGGUAUCGGGCUGGCAAGCAGAGGGGAAUGAUUAUUGAACACGAAGGAGACAGGCCAUCUUCCAAGACAGAAAUUGAAAUGGAUGGGAAAGUGGUCAAUUCCCACGUUGACAGUUUCUUAGAUGGAGCCCUGGUUCUGGAGGUUGAUGAGAGGGACCAAGAUGAUGAAGAAGCCAGGCGAGAAAUGGCUAGGAUUCUGAAGGAACUCAAGCAGAAGCAUCCAGAGAAGGAAAUAGAGCAAUUAAUAGAAUUAGCCAAUUACCAAGUCUUAAGUCAACAGCAAAAAAGUCGGGCAUUUUACCGCAUUCAAGCUACCCGCCUGAUGACCGGAGCGGGCAACAUUUUAAAGAGGCAUGCAGCAGACCAAGCCAGGAAAGCCGUCAGCAUGCAUGAGGUCAACACGGAAGUGGCUGAAAAUGACCCUGUCAGUAAGAUCUUCUUUGAACAAGGGACAUAUCAGUGUCUGGAGAACUGUGGCACAGUAGCCCUGACCAUUAUCCGCAGAGGUGGUGAUUUGACCAACACUGUGUUUGUUGACUUCAGAACAGAGGAUGGUACAGCCAACGCUGGAUCUGAUUACGAAUUUACCGAAGGAACUGUGGUCUUUAAGCCUGGUGAGACCCAGAAGGAAAUCAGAGUUGGCAUCAUUGAUGAUGACAUCUUUGAGGAGGAUGAGAAUUUCCUUGUGCAUCUCAGCAACGUCAAAGUAUCUUUGGAAGCCUCGGAAGAUGGCAUCCUGGAAGCCAGUCACGUCUCUACCCUUGCUUGCCUGGGAUCUCCGUCCACUGCCACCGUGACGAUUUUUGAUGAUGACCACGCUGGCAUCUUUACUUUUGAGGAACCCGUGACUCAUGUGAGUGAGAGCAUUGGCAUCAUGGAGGUGAAAGUCCUGAGAACAUCUGGAGCACGUGGAAAUGUUAUUGUUCCCUAUAAGACCAUUGAGGGGACUGCCAGAGGUGGAGGAGAGGACUUUGAGGACACAUGUGGAGAGCUCGAGUUCCAGAAUGACGAAAUUGUCAAAACAAUAUCAGUCAAGGUAAUUGAUGAUGAGGAGUAUGAGAAAAACAAGACCUUCUUCCUUGAGAUUGGAGAGCCCCGCCUGGUGGAGAUGAGUGAGAAGAAAGCCCUGUUAUUGAAUGAGCUUGGUGGCUUCACAAUAACAGGGAAAUACCUGUAUGGCCAGCCUGUCUUCAGGAAAGUUCAUGCUAGAGAACAUCCACUCCCCUCUACUAUAAUCACCAUCGCAGAUGAAUAUGAUGACAAGCAGCCACUGACCAGCAAAGAAGAGGAAGAGAGGCGCAUUGCAGAAAUGGGGCGCCCCAUUCUGGGAGAGCACACCAGACUGGAGGUGAUCAUUGAAGAAUCCUACGAGUUCAAGAGUACUGUGGACAAACUGAUUAAGAAGACAAACCUAGCCCUUGUGGUUGGGACGAACAGCUGGAGAGAGCAGUUCAUCGAGGCUAUCACUGUCAGUGCUGGGGAAGAUGACGAUGACGACGAAUGUGGGGAGGAGAAGCUGCCCUCCUGUUUUGACUAUGUGAUGCACUUUCUGACUGUGUUCUGGAAGGUCCUCUUCGCCUUUGUCCCCCCGACAGAGUACUGGAACGGCUGGGCAUGUUUCAUCGUCUCCAUCCUCAUGAUCGGCUUACUGACAGCUUUCAUUGGAGACCUCGCUUCCCACUUCGGCUGCACCAUCGGCCUGAAGGAUUCCGUGACCGCGGUGGUGUUCGUCGCGCUUGGGACCUCAGUGCCAGACACAUUUGCAAGCAAAGUGGCAGCCACCCAGGACCAGUAUGCGGAUGCGUCCAUAGGUAACGUCACAGGCAGCAACGCGGUGAACGUCUUCCUGGGCAUCGGCGUGGCCUGGUCCAUCGCUGCCAUCUACCACGCGGCCAACGGGGAACAGUUCAAAGUGUCCCCUGGCACGCUAGCUUUUUCUGUCACUCUCUUCACCAUUUUUGCUUUCAUCAAUGUGGGGGUGCUGCUGUAUCGGCGGAGGCCAGAAAUUGGAGGUGAGCUGGGUGGGCCCCGGACUGCCAAGCUCCUCACAUCCUGCCUCUUUGUGCUCCUGUGGCUCUUGUACAUUUUCUUCUCCUCCCUGGAGGCCUACUGCCACAUAAAAGGCUUCUAAAGGAACAAUCAGAUGUAGUAAAUUUAUAUAUAUAUAUACAUAUAUAUAUAUACAUAAAAAUUAUGUAUAAUGAACAGAGGAAACGCAUUUGUCAUGUCCACCCACCUGCUGAUGGAAUCCAGCUUCAAGAGCAGACUCUGUACUAGGGCCGGAGUGAGAAGGCAUCACCUCCCGUUCCCAGGGGCAUCGUCUUGUUGAACCAGGCAUCUUUGCAGCUCAGCCCAGAAGGGCUGUGUUCUCCCUGGGUUCAUAAAUCCUUAAGUCUUUGAUUUGUUUUCUGUUUUGGCUUGUUUUGGGUCGGGGUUGGGAGGUGGUUGAUGUUAGGGUUUGGUUUUGUUUCUGCAGGGGGAGGAUCAGGGUUUGUGCUUCUCUUGUGGGAGGUGAUGUCCAAUCUCAGUGGUAAAAAUGGAAAUCAGGAAGAUUAUUCUCCCUUUGCCCAAAAACUUUAAAAAUUAUUUUGGAGGAAGAAAUGGGCAUGGAAGAAGAAAGAAGCAUGUCUUCACCAUAUUACUAAAUUUCAUGCUUAUCUCUGGAGUAGGAGCAGAGGUGAAGCUCCCCCCAAGAAGAAACAUGGGAGCUGGAAUGGAGCUAAGAAGAGUCAUGGUUCUAAAUACAGUCUGAUAUUUAAAGAUACUAGGCCUGGCACCCUUGUUCAACAGGUACAAAAACAACAUGCCUAGAUUCCCAGGAACAUACAAAGUCCUUUCUUAUCUCUUUAGCGCUGGACUAUGAUUAGCAAGGCCCUGAUUCUGAUGUUCCACACCCGCUGAUUCCCCAGCCCUCCCAUCCCAAACCCCUUUUCCUGCCCUUUACCCCUCAUACAAACAGGAAGAAUAACUCCAUUCAAAAAGCACAUCAUCCUUUUCCAUUUGCAUCAGUCUGUGUCCCAUGUUGCUAUUGCCUGGGAUUGUCCAUCAGUUCUGUUUUCCAAGGCAUCUACAGCCUGCACACUCCUGUUCCAGUCAUGAGGGAACAUUUGCUCCUCUUUCAUCUGCCUGUUUGGGAAUGUUGUUGUGAUACCUGUUACACAGUGCAUGGAUGAAAAAUACAACAAAACAAAGCGUAUCUGUAUAUAGUAGAGUAUAGCAUAUACUGUUCUCCCAUUUGGCGACAUUGAUUGGACAUUGAAGACAUAAGUGAGUUUUCUUUUCACCUGAGUUGUAACUUUUGUGUUGUUAUUGAGUUUGAUUAGGGAUAAAAGGAGAAAAUGGCUUAUUGUUCAUGGAUCUGCAGGUUCAUUUCUAAGAAACAAUAACUGUUACGUGGGAGUUAAAGCUAUUGAGAGGACAGCGGACACGCGACAAAGUAUCUUCAAGGAAAAUUAGCCAUGUGGUGCAUUUCAAAGCCUUGAAAACUCACCUGUUGGUUCAGGAAGGCCAAGGAGAAGGGCUGUGUAGAGAAGGGUGCACGUUAGACGUGCCUGGGCUCUGAAAGCCUCCGUUCCUGGAACACCCCUGCCCCCAAAGUAUUUAUUUCACAUCUGCUCUGUCUGGCACAGAUGGUAGAUAGUGCUGGUUUGUUCAUUAUAUUUUUUUAUGUAAAAGGCUAUUCAGAGCCCCAUUUGUUUCACCGUCCACACCCCUCUGAUAGUAUCUGCAGUUCCUGAGGAGAAAAGAAGCCACGGUGAGCAACAGGCCUUCUCUACGUAGGGCUAAGGAGGAAGUGAUUAAAUGAGAGUGCCUCUCAUAGGACUGCUCUGGGAGGUUUUUAACCCUGGAAAUGGAAUGGCUCUAUUUCACAAUAUCAAAGAGUAUGAUAAACCCAACAUUCCAAAGCUGUGAGUCCACAAAUGAGGAAAAAUGGAAUGACUUAGGUCCCCUCUCAGACAUUUCUCUAUCCAUAAAGAAUCCCAGGCCGGAGACACCCCUAAGCCCUCUGUGUUGAUUCAAAGAUACUUAACUGAUAAUAAUUUUCAUUUCUCACUUUCUCUUCUUCCACUUAGUAAUCACAAUCAUUCAUCAUUUAAUAAACACUGGGUGACUGAACAAAUAAGUAAAUGCUGAGCACCCACUCAAUCUGCCCAGUACUGUGCUAGCACUCGGGGACUACACACACACCAGACAGCCCAGAUCCCUAUCCUGAGGGGGGCCACAGUCAGUCCCUGAGUGACAGUUAACACAGCCACAUGGAGACAGUUUGAUCUUACAAGAAAAACACAAUUGCUGAAAUUAUCUUGCCUAGAUGUCUAAGAUUUUCUUGAUCUGAGAGAGUACAAGGCAUAGGAUAGGAGCAGCAGUCUGUGUAUCCUGAGCCAAUCUUGCAGAUCUGCACACCUUUCCAUUUUAAACCAAGUAAGGAGAUCCUGCUGAUGACCCAGCUGUCUGAGAAAUCCCAAUUAAUCCAAAUUUUUAUCUUCAGCUGAUCUUUGUUGGACAGCAGUACUUUUCCAUGCCCCCUGCAGCUAUAAUUUCUCACAUCUCCUGGAGCCUCCGCCCUGACCUGUCAUGGCCCAACGCACUGGUGGCAUAAUCCUAACCCAUUUUUUUCUGAAGAUUUAUUUAAUGAAAAGCUAGCCUAGAAACACCAAGUAAAUAGUCAAGGGAUAUGAGUUGUUUAAACAUUAGAAAGACUUUGCACUUCUUUCUAGCUUUAUUUGGAAUGUUAAUGAUCCCAUAGCAAAUUUUCACAGAGGAUGUUAAGAAAUCUUUACCGUUGGUCAAUUUCAAUUUCAAAGCUUUUUGGUUUGUUUGCUUUUUAAAUUUUCAUGUUAUAGGGAAAAUAUGAUUCUGGUUGUUCAGGGUUGUUUUAGUAAUUAUAGUCAUGUAAAAUUAUUUCAUUUUGAUUAUUUUAUUUUGUGUGAAUUGUGCACAGCUUAGGGGGGAGGUGCACUAAUUGUGCUGUUCCUUAUAAAUGGUACACAUUAUUGACACAGACAAAUAAAGUUUCUAAUGAUUUCUGAUUUAA